UAGAUUAUGAAGGAGAAACGUCCGGUGCGGAAACUGAUAAACGGAAAGAAAUACUAUAAAAGCCUCAAACUAUUUGACGGACAGCAUCAUUCGUUGACAAACGGUCCGAGUAGCAACAUGAAAUCGUUCGCUUGUGUCGUCCUUAUCGCAGUUGUCGUGGCAGCUGAGCCUCCCAGCUUCAGGCAGAACUACAGGUUCCAGCGACAGGAGGUGGAACCACAAGCUCCUGCUGACGCGCCCUACGCUCCUGCCGGGUUCAGACCAGCGAAGCCGUUCAACCUGCCCACUCGUCAAGAAGCAGCUCCACCGGCCACAUCUUACGGCGUCCCCGACGACAGCUACCAAGCACCGACCAACACCUACGGUCUACCACAAGCAGCUCCCGACACAGAAUAUGGUGUGCCUCGCGACGAAGAAACUACAACCGAAAACGCGGAAAACCUCAAAGUUGAGGGUAUAAACGAAAAACUCGAGGAGGCCCCGAAAAGUGACGCCGAAGUGGUGAGUUCGCAGGGCUCUUACUACGUCCUCCUGCCUGGAUCUCAGCUGCAACGGGUACAGUUCCAAACGGAGAACGACGUCAGGAACAUGGCGUACACCGCCCGUCUUCAGUACAAGAACGAAGACCGCGCACCGGUGUAUGUGUACACAGCAGUACCGCAAUACCAGCCUUCUGCUGCUUACAUCCAGCUCUAUUAGACUGAAGGAACCGAUCAUUCAAUUUUCAACCCUCACGCCAAGAGAAAUGGUUUGAAAUUUGAAUACUACGCUUUGAUGUUUUAUUGAAAACGGUUGAAUGAUUUUGUAUAGGAUUAAGUGGGACCGCGGGUAUGCCCGGAUAGUCACGCCAUUCAACGAUUGAGUUGCGCGCGACUGCUUAACCAAAUAUUUAUGUAAAUUAUU